AGGUAAUAUAAUAAAAUGAUUCAUCUUCUCCAAAUCCCAUCGGAAAACUGCGUCUGAAUCUCACUUCCCUUUGAAUUCACUUCACUGUCUCAAUCAAUUCCCAAAUCCCACACUCAUCACAGCUCCUUGAUCCUCACCUCCCACCCUCCAAUUCCCAUUUUCCCCCUUUUCCAAUCCCAAUCAAAUUAUUCAAAAACCCAUCUCCCCAAUUCAUGCGCCCCCAAAUCCUCUCAGAACCCACCAAUUCCAGUCAAUUCGACGAUUAGAUGGUGGAGACGCUCACCCCCACCUCCAGCCCGCCGCCCCUCUGGCGGAGAUCGGACCCCAAUCACCACCACCACCGCCGCUGGAUCCCAUCGGCCUGCGCCUUCUUCCUCUCCACCCACAAGACCUUCCUCGCCGCCCUCUGCCUCGCCUCCCUCGUCACCGUCGUCUACUGGCAGCGCGGCGCCGCCGGCGCCGGCGGAUUCUCGCUCUUCGCGCCGGCGUUCCAGCUGCGGCAGCUGCCGAAGCUGCGCCCGGUGGCGUUCAAUUUGACCGAUUUCGGAGGGGUGGGCGAUGGGGUGACGCUGAAUACGGCUGCGUUUGAGAAGGCGGUGAGGGCGAUUUCGAAGCUGGGGGGCAAGGGCGGCGGUCAGCUGAAUGUGCCGCCCGGAAAUUGGCUGACGGCGCCGUUUAAUUUGACUAGUCAUAUGACUUUGUUCCUUGCUGAGGGUGCUGUUAUACUCGGCAUUGAUGAUGAAAAAUAUUGGCCUCUUAUGCCUCCAUUGCCUUCUUAUGGAUAUGGCAGAGAGCAUCCGGGACCAAGAUAUGGAAGUCUAAUCCAUGGCCAGCACCUCAAAGACGUUACAAUUACAGGGCAUAAUGGCACCAUCAACGGCCAGGGACAAGCAUGGUGGAGAAAAUAUAAACAGAAGCUUCUAAAUCACACAAGGGGACCGCUUGUGCAGAUUAUGUGGUCUAGCAACAUUUUGAUAUCUAACAUAACAUUACGCGACUCUCCUUUCUGGACCCUUCAUCCAUAUGACUGCAAGAAUGUGACGAUAAAGAAUUUAACCAUCCUUGCUCCAGUUUUUCAAGCUCCAAAUACUGAUGGCAUAGAUCCUGAUUCAUGUGAAGAUAUGGUGAUUGAGGACUGUUACAUAAGCGUUGGAGACGAUGCUAUCGCCAUAAAGAGCGGAUGGGAUCAAUACGGGAUUCGUUACGGGCGACCAUCAAAGAAUAUACUCAUCAGGAACCUCGUUGUUCGCUCUAAUGUCAGCGCGGGUAUAUCUAUAGGCAGUGAGAUGUCCGGUGGCGUAUCGAAUAUCACCAUAGAGAACAUCUACAUAUGGAAAUCAAGGCGAGCUGUCCGCAUCAAGACGGCCCCAGGAAGAGGAGGGUACGUCCGAGGCAUAACUUACAGGAACCUGACAUUUGACACGUGCCGAGUGGGAAUCGUGAUCAAGACGGACUACAACGAGCAUCCAGACAUGGGGUACGACCCCAAGGCUUUCCCGGUGCUAGAAGACAUAAGUUACACCUCCAUACAUGGCGAAUCCGUCCGAGUCCCGGUCCGCAUCCAAGGGACCGCGGAGAUCCCCGUGAAGAACGUAUUCUUCCAGGACAUGUCGGUCGGCGUCGCCAAAAAGAAGAAACACGUAUUCCAGUGCGCUUUCGUCGAAGGCCGCGUCGUGGGGACCAUUUUUCCAGCUCCCUGCGAGAACCUCGACUUGUACGAUGAGGCCGGGAAUUUGGUCCGGCGGUCGACCUCCCAGAACAGCUCCGACAUAGAUUAUGAUAUUUGAACCGGUCACUGCCAUUUUCUUCGUCGCGGGGGGCCCAUUUUCCUGACCAACGUCGUCUUGUCGGACAUCGACCGAGGGGCCGGAAACAAGGGUGAGGCAGUGUGGUGAGUAUGAUCAGUGAGUAGCUUCUUCCCCUUCAGACUGUUGUUUUGUAGUGAUUGUUUUUUGACUUUGUAUAUACAUUCACACAUUACAGCAUAUAUACACAAGUUACAUUUUGUCACA